ACGCUGAAGCCGUGGAGAAGCUCGGGAGCAUACCCGAGGUCUUCCCAGCGAUCGUCCUCGGCUGGCUGAUGCUGGUGCGGUCUGGCCUCGACUCCCGCGAGCGCGCGGCGAUCAUGACCGCUGCUGGGGGCUCGCUGGACGUCAACGUGAUUCGCGAGAAGCUGAUCUCGAGCUGGGAGGACGACGAUUUGGCGGAGAGAGAUGGACACUCCAAGUACCCGAGGGCGUACGCGGCCCAGCUCGGAGAUGACGAUCGAACAUGGCUAGAAGGUGCAGAGGACGAACCAGAUGCGGGCAGUUUCGCAGCUGGCCGAGAGCAUCCAGAGCCACACGAGGAUGAGCCAGACCAGGUAGAGGCCGACGACGAGGACAUCGAGGCGUACCCGGCAGCGCAGUGCGAGGAGGCGGAGGCGUUAGCGGCGACCCACACUGCCCAGCGCGCCCUCCGCCAAGCCCGCGAGGCACAGGCGGACAGUCGCCUGAGCAGGGGGUCUCGCCGCCGCGACAGGGGCCAGAAGAAGUGCGCGGAGUGCGGCGGCGCACACCAGGUGCAGGACUGCCAGGAUCGCCACGACCCUCGGCUCCAGCCAGGGGCAACGGGCCCGCCAGAGGCCAGCGCGAAGGUGGCGAACUGCAGGAAGGAGCUGAAGUUCAACCUGGUGGCGUCGAUGGUUGCCGAGCAGGAGUCUGGGGACUCGAGGAACGAGGCGAUGUUCGCGGACCAGGCCAUCCGCGAGGGCAAGGGGAUUGUCGACCUAGGCUGCACGGACGCCAUGGGCGGGGAGCGUGCGCUCGACACUGUGGCCCGCAAGAACAUGGAGACGUACGGCGACGCGAGGCUGCGGGAGGUGAACCGGGACUACCAGCCAAUCUACAGCUUCGGGAACGGCGAGAAGGAGCGCGCCUACGGCCAGGUGAAAAUCGGCAUCACCGGCGGGGGCAUGGAGGGCGACAUCGCCAUCCACGGCUUCGCGAAGGACGUCCCGAUCCUCGUGUCCAAGGAGGUGCUGAAGGAGCUGGGAGCCGUCGUUGACUGUGACACAGGAGCCGCGGUGUUCGUGAAGCUGGCCUCGGGGAUUUCGGUCCAGCUAGAGGAGUCACCGGACGGCGGGCACUGCUACAUGAGCCUGGUGGACGACCUGCUCGAGCAGAGGGUCCAGGACCCGGCCAAGCUGCAGAAUUCCAAGACGAUCUGCAACCACCUCUCUGAGUGGAGCACGGCGUGCACAGCGGCGGACCAGGGCUCAGACCCCAGUCCAGACGGGUGCGCAGAGCGAGUCGAGUCAUGCACGGAUCGAUCUUCACCUGCUCCUCUCGGCGACGUCACCCCCGGCUCCCUCCAGAACCGUUCUCGAAGCACACAGGAAGCGCACGGGCACAUCCGCAGCCGUUCAGGCUCGAGCCCGGUGAGGCCUUGCGCGUCCAACGCGAACGUUCACGGGCAGCAGCCAGAAGUUCGUGAUCCUCCGGAUCCUACGUAUUUCCGGCCAGAGGCCGUCGAUGGCAGAGCGAUGCGCUGGGGCAGCCUCCUCUGCGGGGCCGUGCCGCUCGCCUGCGCCAGGGCGGUCUGCUGGUGCAGCUCGGGCGCGCAGGCGGAGGUCUCACAACUACUCCAGGAGUUUGGCCUACCUUACAGUCCGGCCUGGAGCGUGGACGAGCUAAAGCAGAUCCUCAAGGAGAAUCGGUUCCCGAAGGCGGAGGCGGGCGCGCAGAUCGAGAUGAGGGGCCUCAACUCUAUGAAGAAGGCCCAGCUGCUCGCGAAGGCGACGGAGGUCGGAGCCCACGAGACGCCGGGCAUGUCCAACCCUUCGCUCAAGCUGUCGAUCCGCAAGGCGAUUCUCCAGAGGCACGCGCCGGAACCGACCGACUACAUGGGCUUCGGGAAGUACGGGGCCCUGACGUACCAACAAGUCCUGAGCCAGUACCCCACCUACGCGGCCUGGUGUCAGGCAGAAGGGAACGCCGGGAGCAGCUGGAAGCUGGCCAGGUUUGUCUUAUGGCUCAACGAGCAGGAGGUGGUCCACAUGAGGAACGAGAUGACCAGGGACCCAGGGGAGGUCCCGACGGAGCCGCUGAAGGCUCGAGGGGGCGCGAGGUCAUCCCGCCGAAGGACGAUGGACGUGAUGAUGGAGGACGAGCUCGAGGAGCAGGAGAGGCUGGAAGCCGCAGCCCAGGAGGAGAAGAACACAAACCAGUUCAUCCAGCAGCAGAUGCUGACCACCCUGAGCCAGCUCAGCCAGCGACUGGAGAAGCUCGAGGGCUUGAACCACACGAAGGAACUGGACCCCCGGAAGCAACGCUGGCUUGCGAAGUGCAUCAAAGAGAACGGCCACACGGAGGACUUCGACGCGCUGCUAGCCCAUGGAGGGAUCAAUCUCAUGGAAGUGGCGCACAGCCCGGCCUCCAUUCUGAGCGCCAGGAUGGCGGAGAAGUUUGGAGAGGCCAGGGGCGCACGUGAUGACGCUGGGCCUGACCACCUGUGGGUCAGCAUGCGGUGCGGGCCCCUGUCGAACCUCGCCCUCGGCUUCAACGGCACCAACCCUCUGAGAGCCGAGGCCACCGGGAAGCGCAGGCUCCAGGCGAUCAAGGAAUGUAAGGCCGCAGUGCAGCUAGUGUACGACCAGGUGGCACAGGGUAAGCAUGCGCACUGGGAGUGGCCCAUCAAGUGUGAGGGCUGGGGCCGCAGGAUGAUCAGGCAGAUGGUCGAGGACUGCUCGAUGACAGUGGUCAAGGUCGCUGGGUGCCAACUCGGGGCGAAGAACGAGAAGGGCCAGCCCCUGCUCAAGGAGUGGCUGAUCGCCACGACAUCCCCGAAGAUGGCGGCAAGGAUGGCCCUGGAGUGUCCAGGGGGGCGCCGGCAUGGCGAGCUCACCGGAGGCGGCCUCACAGCAGCCACGAGCUACUACACGGAGUUCGCGAAGAGGGCGGUCCAGGCGAUGAUCGAGGAGGUCUCCCCGGACUACCGCGAGUUCUUGAGGUGCCUGGCGGAGCCCGAGGCGCCGGAGGGACAGGGCUCGGGCCACAGCUCCAAGACCGCUAUGCUGAACGCGCUCAGGCGGACGGGCGCGAGCCAACUGGUGCUGCAGGUGGCCCAGGACUUUCACUGUGACGCGCGCGCGGAGGCGAAGCAGUACCGCCCCGCGCGCCCGCCGGUCAGCCUCGAGGUCAUCCCCCCGAAGUGGAAGCAGAUCCAGGCCGACCACUUCGAGUGGGAGCACCCCCACACGAAGAUCAAGCCAAAGUUCUCGCUAAUCAUCGACGAGAACUGCAGGGUGCUGGUCAGCAAGCUGCUCUACCACAUGGUGGGUGAGGACCGGCACCGGAACCCGGUCUGGGCCGACCUCAAGGACUUCUACAAAGAGCGCUGGUUGCCAUCUUUUGGCAAACCACAGAAGGUGAAGGUGGACCCUGAGGGCUCGGCACCCGACUUGGACGGCCACUUCUUCGAGAGCGACUUCGACGAGCUGCCCCGCGUCGAGGCCCAGCGCGUCGACGAGGAGUGCGCCGAGAACUAUGCGAGGAUGUGCGCGGCAGAGCAGGAGUACCUGAGGCAGGUCUACAUGCGGCGCAUCAGCGGGGCCGAGAACGCGAAGAACCAGGCGUUAAAGUCCGCGGCGCCAGGCAUGCGGGUGCGCUACUUCCGCAAGGAGAAGGGCGAGACCAAGGGCCGCUUCAAGGGGCUCGCGAGGUUGUUGGCCACAGGGACUGCCCGCCCUAUGGACGGCGACCUGGGACAGAACGAGGCCCUGCACCCGGGGCGCCCUGGGUCAGUAGUCUGGCUGGUUCGGGCAGGCCGAAUCAUCGAGGUGGACCUAUGCCAAAUCUGGGCCGCCUCUGCUCGCGAGAUCGCGCACGCCGAGCUCAUGGGAGGCAAGGGUACCCCCUGGGCCGUCACCACCUUCAUGAACCAGGCGAUGCGACAGGAGUACCUGGACUUCACCGGGCACGACCCCACGGAGCACGACGUGGAGUUCUCCACCUGGGAAGGAGUUCCUGAUCCAGCACCACCUCUGAAGAGGGCUCGCACGACUGAGCUAGCCGAGAACAAGUGCCCCCAGGUGACCCCAAGGGACCGGCCUGCCCCUCCAGUGCGGAAGCAGAUCCACAAGAAGGGGCAGCACCCUGGAGGCACUGCAGACCGGGCCAGGACGUCAAGGACAGCAGUCGCAGAGAAGAACCUGGAGGAGCAGGCUGCGCUCAUGGCCAAGGCGACCCCCGAUGCCCGAGCCUUUUGGGCACGACAAGGGACAUCCCUGGAAGUCUCGAUGGAGCCCCCCCUCGCUGAAAAGGCCUUGAAGCAGGCCGCGAGGCACGUGAGCACCUACAUGGCAAGUCAGCUGAGGAAGGGGAAGCGCGAGAUCUCGGAGCGGACCCUCACCCCGGACGAGCUCGAAAGAUCCACCAGGGCAAAGGCCACGGAGGUGAACAACUACAGUAUAUCCUCAGUCCUCGAGGCCCUGCCGCCCGGGGUCACGCCACCACCCGAGGAGGUCAUGCGGAUGAGGCGGAUCCUGGAAUGGAAGAUCGACGAGAGCACGGGCGACAAGAAAGCGAAGGCGCGGAUCGUGGUCUUGGGCUACAUGGGCCCCGAAUACGAGCACCGCCCGACCACGGCUGACGUGACUGGAGCUUUCACCCAGAACCGCGAGAUUCAGCACGACCUGUUCGUGAUGCCCGUGACGGAGUUGGCCACGGCGCUUGGGAUACCUGAGGGUGUCGGCAUGAGGCUCCGGAAGGCCGUGUACGGGCUGCUCGUCGAGGCAGCCAUUGAGUGGUUCAUGACAGUGGGCAAGGCGCUCGAGGAGUUCGGCUGGACCCAGAUGAAGAUGGAUCCAUGCGUGUGGGUGCUGUACGGCAACGCGCACGGCCAGGACAACAGCUUCACCAAGGAGGCACUGCAGGGGUUCAUUGACCCAGAGGUGCUCGACGAGCUGGUCGCAGCGAAGGGCGACCUCGACAUCGUGGCGGUCGCCGGGUCGCACGUGGAUGAUUUCCUGUUGGGCGGCAAGGAAUCCGAUCCGCGAUGGGUCAAGGCUCGAGAGCAGAUUCAAGGGCGUUUCAAGUGGAAGGCGUGGGAGACCGAGGAGUUCAUGCAGACCGGGGUGCGGAUCAAACAGCAGCCCGACAGGAGCUUCCGCAUGGACCAGAGUGAAUAUGUGAAGACCAUUGAGAAGGCCUUCCUGAACCCCGAGCGCAAGAAGAACAAGGACGCGGAGACCACCGACAAGGAGAAGGGUCAGCUCAGGGCAAUUCUGGGCGCCGGCGGCUGGCGCUCCGAGCAGUCGGGCCCAAUGCACUCCGCUGACGCAAGCCUGCUGUUGAGCACAAUCCCCUCGUCAACGGUGCAGUCAAUCAACGAGACGAACAGGCUGGUCGACCGGGUGCGAGAGUGCGCUGACCUGCCGGUGGUGAUCCACAGUCACUCACAUGCACAGGUGCUGGUGCCGAUUGAGUGGUCCGACUCAUCCGAGUCGAAUCGGCCCGACGGGAAGUCCACCAAGGGUCUGAUUGCAGGCAUGGCCCCGCUGAAGAUCCUGAAGGGUGACGAGACCGACGUGAGCCUGGUGUCGUGGAAAUCCGGCAAGAUCGACCGAUGUUGUCGCAGCUCCGUCGCCUGCGAGACACUCUCCGCAGCGGACGCGGAGGACGAGCUAUUCGGCAUCAAGCUGCAGUGGCUCGAGAUGCUCGGCAACUCCAUCGACUGGCGCAACCCGGAGGAUACGCUUGCCAAGCUGCCAGGGGCCGUUGUGGUGGACGCCACGGGCCUGUACGACAAGCUCCAGACUACAGUCUACACCUUCCGUGGCAAGGAGAAGCGGACUGACGUGGAGGCGAUGACGCUGAAGGAAGGAACCCAGGCCGCCAACAACUGGUUGCUCUGGGUCCACGGCGAUCCUCAACUAGCCAACUCACUGACCAAGGGGCACGAGCCAGGACAGCUGAGGAUGUACUUCAACAGCGGCCACCGCUGGAAGCUGGUCUAUGACGCCAAGUACCAGAGCGCACGCCCUCUCGAGUGGUGA